CGGAGAGAGAAACCUUGGAUCUAGAAAGUGUCCUUUUUUAUAUUCUCUCGCUUUCUCUCUUCCCAAACACACUGCCUGUUUUACGGUCAUAUUUUGCUCACUCUUUUUCCCUCUCUUCGCUAUACUCUCUCUUUCUCUCUCAAUUCUUGCUUCCUAUAAGGUGAAAAAAGUUUUAUUUAUAAAAAACCAAACAGAAAGAGCUCCACUUACGUAAUCGCCAAUGGGAGCUCGGUGCUCCAAGUUGUCUCUCUGCUGGUGGCCGUCAAGUCUCAAGUCAAACCUCCAUGACUCCUCGGAUCUCGAGAAUGGGAGCGCUGACGCUUUGCCGGCUUACCGGGAGUUUAGUUUGGACCAACUGAGAGCUGCCACGUCAGGAUUCUGUUCGGACAACAUAGUCUCGGAGCACGGAGAGAAAGCACCUAAUGUGGUUUAUAAAGGGAAGCUUGCUGAUGAAGAUCGCUUGAUUGCCAUCAAACGUUUCAGUAGAUCGGCGUGGUCAGAUUCAAGACAAUUCCUUGAGGAGGCAAAAGCAGUGGGGCAGUUGAGGAGCGAGAGGUUGGCGAAUUUGAUAGGUUGUUGCUGCGAAGGAGAGGAGAGAUUACUUGUGGCUGAGUUUAUGCCCAAUGAGACUCUAUCGAAGCAUUUGUUUCAUUGGGAGAACCAACCCAUGAAAUGGUCAAUGAGGCUGAGAGUAGCUCUUUAUCUGGCGCAAGCGCUGGAAUAUUGCGGCGGUAAAGGGAGGGCAUUAUAUCACGACCUUAAUGCUUACAGAAUUCUGUUUGAUCAGGACGGCAAUCCCAGACUCUCCACCUUUGGCCUUAUGAAGAAUAGUAGAGAUGGCAAGAGCUACAGUACGAACUUGGCUUUUACACCUCCAGAAUACUUGAGAACGGGAAGGGUAAUUCCCGAGAGUGUUGUUUACAGCUUUGGCACCUUGUUGCUUGAUCUUCUUAGUGGCAAACACAUUCCCCCAAGUCAUGCUCUUGACCUCAUACGCGGAAAAAAUUUUCUGAUGCUGAUGGACUCAUGCUUGGAGGGUCAUUUCUCAAAUGAUGAUGGAACUGAACUAGUGCGGUUAGCAUCGCGGUGUUUGCAGUAUGAGCCUCGUGAAAGGCCAAAUGCCAAGUCUCUUGUGGCAUCUCUCUUGCCUCUUCAGAAAGAAACUGAGGUUCCAUCAUACACUUUGAUGGGUAUUUCACAUGGAACUGCAUCCUUAAAGCAACAAACAGUAACUUUAACACCUCUUGGUGAUGCUUGUUCAAGACUGGACUUUACUGCAAUACAUGAAUUAUUGGAGAAGGUUGGAUACAAGGAUGAUGAGGGAAUUGCAAGUGAGCUUUCUUUCCAAGUGUGGACAGAUCAAAUUCAAGAGACAUUAAAUUCUAAGAAACGCGGUGAUGCUGCUUUUCGAGCUAAAGACUUUCCCACUGCCAUUGAAUGCUACGCACAUUUCAUCGAUGCAGGGACCAUGGUAUCACCCACUGUGUUUGCCAGACGCUGUUUAUGCUACUUGCUCAGUGACAUGCCUCAAGAAGCUCUUGGAGAUGCAAUGCAGGCUCAAGUUGUAUCCCCAGAGUGGCCCACUGCCUUGUAUCUUCAAGCUGCUGCCCUCUUCAGCCUUGGGAUGAAUAACGAUGCACAGGAAACUCUUAAAGAUGGCACAAACUUGGAAGCCGAAAAACAUAGAAACUGAACACGUAAAUAGGCAUUUGUUUUGGUUAUUUUAUUUGUUUUUAUUUUUAUUUUUUGGUUAAGAAAAGAUCAUAUUAACAAGGAACAAGAAGUCCUAAAAAGAGAUUCAAAAACAAUCUAAGCUCGUCUUGUCUCCUUUUUAUUUUUCCCUUGUAUCUAUCUGUUUUCUACCUCUUUCUAUUUCCCUUUUUGGCACCACAGGAUUAGUUGUAAUAUUUAUAUGUUUAUGUUGGUGAAUGCUUCCGUUUUAUCUCUCUCAA